AGAACCAAAGGACUCCACUUUGAGUUAGAAACUCCCUUGUCUUCUCUUCACUUCUUCUGAAGUAAGAGAGAAGGGCCAAAAAGAAGGGAUUUUUUUUUUGUUACAGUUUGUGUCUUUAUUGGUCAGCAAUGGCAAGUCAAGAGAGUACUGAUGGAAGACACACAAAUGGGUUGCGGUUAGAUUCAUCUGCAGAACAUCAUGAAAGAUGUCCUGUUGAAGAAGUGGCUUUAGUUGUGCCUGAAACUGACGAUCCAACACUUCCUGUCUUGACUUUUCGUGCAUGGUUUCUGGGUUUAACUUCAUGCGUAAUACUUAUCUUCUUGAACACUUUUUUCACUUACCGUACACAGCCACUUACUAUCUCUGCCAUUCUUAUGCAAAUUGCUGUGUUGCCUGUUGGCAAGUUCAUGGCUAAGACUUUGCCUACGAAAGAUUAUAGGAUUUUGGGGUGGAGUUUUAGUUUGAAUCCAGGGCCUUUUAAUAUGAAAGAACAUGUGAUUAUCACUAUUUUUGCGAACUGUGGUGUCUCUUAUGGUGGUGGUGAUGCUUAUUCUAUUGGUGCCAUUACUGUUAUGAAGGCUUAUUAUAGGCAGAGUUUGAGUUUUCUUUGUGGGCUGCUCAUAGUCUUGACUACUCAGAUAUUGGGAUAUGGAUGGGCUGGGAUGCUAAGGAGAUACCUGGUUUAUCCUGUAGAGAUGUGGUGGCCUUCCAAUCUAGCUCAGGUUUCUCUGUUCAGAGCACUGCAUGAAAAGGAGCCGCAAAGUAAAGGCAUGACAAGGAUGCGAUUCUUCCUCAUUGCCAUGACAGUAAGCUUUUUCUAUUACGCAGUCCCUGGUUACUUGUUCCCAAUCUUGACAUUCUUCUCGUGGGUCUGCUGGGCAUGGCCUCACAACAUGACAGCUCAACAAAUAGGGUCAGGAUACCAUGGUCUUGGUGUUGGUGCCUUCACUCUUGAUUGGGCUGGGAUUUCGGCCUACCAUGGCAGCCCCCUUGUUGCUCCUUGGUCUUCCAUUGUCAAUGUUGCGGUUGGCUUUAUUAUGUUCAUCUACGUUAUAGUCCCUGUGUGUUAUUGGAAGUAUAACACUUUUGAUGCUCGGAAGUUUCCAAUAUUUUCUAAUCAGCUGUUCACUUCUAGUGGGCAAAAAUAUGAUACUACAAAGAUCCUGACCCCAGAAUUUCAACUUAACAUUCCUGCUUAUGAUAGCUACAGCAAGCUUUAUCUUAGUCCUCUAUUUGCCUUGUCGAUUGGAUCAGGAUUUGCAAGGUUCACGGCAACUCUCACCCAUGUGGCACUGUUUAAUGGAAGGGAUAUUUGGAAGCAAAGUAGGAAAGCAAUGCAGAAUGUGAAAUUGGAUGUUCAUGCAAAAUUGAUGAAAGCUUACAAAGAAGUUCCCGACUGGUGGUUCUAUAUUCUGUUAGCAGGGAGUGUUUUCCUCUCAUUGUUAAUGUCUUUUGUUUGGAAAGAAACUGUGCAGCUGCCGUGGUGGGGUAUGCUCUUUGCCUUUGGCUUGGCUUGGCUUGUUACCCUUCCUAUUGGGGUUAUUCAAGCAACUACCAACCAGCAACCUGGCUACGACAUAAUAGCACAGUUCAUGAUUGGAUAUGUCCUACCAGGACAACCAAUUGCAAACCUGCUUUUCAAGAUUUAUGGACGAAUCAGCACGGUCCAUGCUCUUUCUUUCUUAUCUGACCUUAAACUUGGACACUACAUGAAAAUUCCACCACGGUGCAUGUAUGUAGCUCAGCUUGUGGGAACUUUAGUUGCCGGUACAGUCAAUCUUGCAGUUGCGUGGUGGAUGUUGGAGAACAUUGAAAAUAUCUGUGAUGUUGAUUCGCAAGAUUCCAACAGUCCUUGGACGUGUCCUAAGUACCGAGUUACUUUUGAUGCUUCUGUAAUCUGGGGCCUCAUUGGACCAAAAAGGCUCUUCGGACCUGGUGGCCUCUACAGGAACUUGGUAUGGCUGUUCCUCAUUGGAGCUUUCUUGCCGGUGCCUUUUUGGGUACUGAGCAAAAUGUUCCCUGAAAAGAAAUGGAUUGCAUUGAUAAACAUUCCAGUUAUAUCUUAUGGUUUUGCCGGAAUGCCACCCUCUACUCCCACCAACAUUGCAAGCUGGCUUAUCACUGGAACCAUCUUCAACUACUUUGUCUUCCGAUAUCGCAAGCGCUGGUGGCAGAAGUAUAAUUAUGUUCUGUCUGCGGCAUUGGAUGCUGGGACAGCUUUCAUGGGUGUUCUAUUGUUCUUUGCUGUGCAGAACACAGACAAAAAAUUGAGUUGGUGGGGUGCAGAACUUGAUCACUGUCCUUUGGCUACAUGUCCAACAGCGCCAGGAAUUGUGGUUAAGGGAUGCCCUGUCUUUUGAAUAGUUAUGCAGCCAUUAUAGUUAAAGCCAAAGCUGGUUUAGUGUAGUUUUAAGAGAUGGAGAAGAAAUUGGAAACAGUGAUAGAGAACUUUUAGGUAUCGAUUUUCAUUUUGCAUGCUUGUACAUGCUUCUUUCCUUACUAAAAAUUUGCCGUUCUUAGCA